AUGCUCAACAAUGCUCCACAACUCUUGCACCAUGUUUCUACCCCAAACAUUCCAUUGUCACAUCGACGAUCUAUUGGACAGGUCAGAUUCCAACUCCCACGCGAAGAUGAAGAGGAUGAAAGGCAGGAGUUUGAGCUCGAGAGGCUUACAAGAAAGAGCUCUUCAUCGCUCACGCACGUCUCUGCUGGGAGGAAUGUCUAUAUCCACAGCGUCCCGGCAGACUACACUGAGACCAGCUUGACCGAAUACGCUUCUCGAUUCGGCAAAGCUGUUCAGGCGAGGUGCAAACCCGUCGGUGAGCCCCGAGACAAUGUACCAGUCAGACAGUUCGAGCAACGAGAGGAAGCAGAAGCCUUCCUGCGUGCACUCCAGUCUCGAGGCAUCACCUCGGCAUUUGGCAAGGACGACUAUCAGCUCGAGCACAAGGCUCGCGAAGAUCGAGAGUCGAGCAAUCUGUACAUCAAUGGCCUGCCUCUGACCACCACGGAGGAACAACUCAAACGACUCCUUGCACCUUACGGAACUGUGGCUUCUUUCAAAUUCCUUACUGACAAUGAAGGAAUACGACGUGGACCGUGCAUGGCUAGACUUCUUUCUCGACCUCAAGCCGAUGCGGCGGUUCAGGCUUUGAACAAUGUAUCCAUUGGCUCUGGUAGAGUUCUGCAAGUCCGCAUUGCAGAUAGCAAAGACCAGAAAGAACUAAAAAGAGACACUGCUACGACCAAAAAUCUUGACUCGCGGAGCACUAUCGACGUGCGCAUGAGGCAGGACAGCAUGCCAACAUCGUGGGCAUCUUCUAGACGGCAAGGUCUCAGCUGA